UGCCGCAAGAAAGGCGAGCGUUUCUGUACUACAUGCAAUUUAGUGAAGUAUUGUAGCAAAGAAUGCCAGGACGCACACUGGGAUAGCCACCAAAAGGACUGCAAGUCUGAAAUCACGCUCGUGACGUGGCUUCCUGAAUGUAUGAAGGACGACGAGGUCGAAAAGCGGCAGCAGAAAGCAGAAGCACAGGCGAACAGCAAGAGAAAAAUAACUGGAGCAAUCGAAUACCACCUGGGUAGUACAGGCUUGCCGAAGAGGGGAGAUAAACCUUGCUACCACAAGUACCUGAUAGGUAAUACCCCUGCCUACGAUAUCGUCAAUCUCUCCGAGGUCGAAGGCCUGGACUGGAAGCACGAUCUCGACAUCCUUUUCGCAGCUUCGGGAGAUUUGAGGAACGUUAUGAAGACCGUCGUAUCGCUUCCAGAUAGUUACCGCAAUCGAUGCAAUGUCCACGUUAAUGACCGUGACGAAUACGUCGUGUUCCGAGCCAUCAUGAUACUGUUGCUUGUGUUGCUCUACCCAGAUGGGAAUGCCAGCGAGUUGGUGCUGCACUUGUGGUACUCUGGCCGCCUUCCACAAUCAAUGUACAAGAGAGGGAUCACGGAUUGGUUGAUUCCAAAGCUCUCAGAAGCCUUUGCCAAAUCUCUAAAUGAAAAAGCUCCACCUGACAAGGUUUUCGCGCACUCCUUCACCAAUGGUACAUCUACUGUCACCGUGCGGCUGACAUCACGGAUGUGGCUGAAUAUGCUGGUCGUGCUCGAGAGACCCAAGGAAACAGAAUUGGGCGAAGAGGUUCGCCUGGAGUGCAUGCUCACUGCCGAACCUGAGAAACCAUGGGUUCAAUAUAAUAUGCAUAUGAAAGAUCCGGCAUAUCGGCUUGGUGAGCUCCGGUACCGAACGACUGGCUUGCUUCUUCCCUUUGGAGCUAGGGACGAGCAUUUUGACACAAUGAAUCCGACCUUCUUCGAUCUCCACUGGAAUUAUCUGGUGGCAAUAGAGCCUCUUCCAGGAGCAUCUUUGAAUGACCUCAAGCGUUGUCGGACAACACUUGGCCUUCCAGAGUGCGACGUCUAUGGUGCAUUCUUCUACCAUCAGCGCGACUUGAUCGAGAAAUUCGACAACUCCUUGUCCGAUCGUCCAGUCAACAUUGUUCUAUACAAUCAGGAUGCAAUUGAACUCGCGGGCCAGACAAAGACACAAAUGUCCGACAGAGGUUCCGAAGGGCAAUUCGAUCGAAUUGAUCUUUCCAACGCUCUAGAUUCUGCGUACAUCGGUACCAAACAAGCGUUGAAGACAUUCAUACCUCUUCUGAAGGCAAAGAAAGUGAAUCCGAGCGCAACCUUGCUG